AUGAGAGGGAUUUCAAUCAAUCGGUGUCUUUCAGGUGCUGAUACCGAUCUCACUCUAUGUAUCCAUAGAAUUCAUAAAGGUCGGUCAGGUAUGGCUGAUAUCUCAAGACAAGAACAUGGUACAUAUGAAAAAGCGUGGACAAAAGAUUGCAAUGUCGGUAAAUGGUUUUUUCGUCGUUGCUCGUUGAGAGGGCGUGAUUUUGGUGGUCAUUCUGUGGCCGCAGCCAUCGACCAGCCAGAUGAUCGUCUUGGUAGACCGCGUCCUUCCAAAGACCGUGGACUUGAGGCUCUUCUCAGUCGUGCAGUGCGAGAAGCUGACAUUGACAGCCCGAUAUAUCUGUUCUUCCUCACGAUGGCCAUCUGCAACACCGUUGUGGUGAACGCGAAACCUCACGAGGAUCUUAUGGAUCCCGAUGGUGACAUGAUCGACAACAGCGUUGAAGAAUCGGAGGCUACUGAAAGACUAACGAUUUCACCGUUGAGCGUCAAGUUCCUUGAAGAGGUGGAGGAAGAAGUUCCGCUGGGUCAAAGCGUGAAGAGUCCUCGAGAAAGUAUUGAACUCAUAGAUCUGCACGAUGACAAGGAGGAUUCUACACCGGUGUCCAGUGUCACGGAAAGUGUCUCCAGCGAUGUCAAGGAAAAAAGUUCACAAGGCCUCUUUGAAAAGCAUGGCUGCUCUCCCUGGAAUCCUGCAUCGACCAUCACUACUCAGUCUUGCACGUCUCAAAGGAAUCAAAGAACUUAG